AUGGCAAAAAGAAUCGAGCCUUGCCAUUUGACAAGAUACUACUCCACUCAAAUAUUCCAACUGAAAUCUACAAGAAUUUACAAUUUCUUCAAAUACGCACUUGGAGCAGGUGUAUUUGGAAUCACUGGUUUUGUAGGAUUUGUCGGAUACAAGAUUUAUGAAGAGAGUCGACCUGUUGAUCAAGAGCCUCAAUCUGCAACUUUCCCCAAUGGUGAGAAGAGAAAGACUCUUGUGAUCUUAGGGUCUGGUUGGGGAGCCAUUCCAAUGUUGAAGAAUCUAGACACUACAUUAUACAAUGUUGUUUUGGUAUCACCAAGAAAUUACUUUCUUUUCACGCCUUUACUUCCAUCUGUCCCUACUGGUACUAUUGAAAUGAAAUCAAUAAUGGAACCAGUAAGGUCUAUAAGUAGAAGAUGCAAAGGUGAAGUUCGUUACUUGGAAGCUGAAGCCAUUGAUAUUGACCCGGAAAACAAUUUGUUGACAGUACAGCAAUCAACUACGGUGUAUUCUGGCCAUUCCAAUGACUCGUCUUCGGCUACCGAUAUUUCAAAGCAUAGAGAACACAAGUUGGAACGUCUCAUUGAAACUAUUUCUUAUGAUUAUUUAGUUGUUUCGAUUGGAGCGCAACCUUCUACUUUUGGUUUACCGGGGGUUGCCGAGCACUCAACUUUUGUCAAGGAAGUUAGUGAUUCAGCUAGGAUAAAAAAGAAACUUACGGAUUUGGUUGAGGCUGCCAAUAUGUUACAUCCAGACGAUAAAGAAAGAAGAAGAUUAUUACAUAUUAUUGUUUGCGGAGGUGGUCCAACAGGUGUAGAAGCAGCAGGUGAAAUUCAGGAUUACAUUGAUCAAGAUUUAAAGAAAUGGGUUCCUGAAGUUGCCAAGGAUCUUCGAGUCACCUUGGUUGAAUCUCAACCAAAAGUUUUGCAUACAUUUAACCCCAAGUUAGUGGAAUACACCAACCAAGUGUUUAAAGAAACCAACAUCAACUUAAUGACAAACACCAGAAUCACCAAAGUUGAUGACCAGCAUGUUACUGCGUACCAUAAAGAGAAUGGUAAAUCGGAAAUUGUUCCAUAUGGUAUGUUGAUCUGGGCAACAGGUAAUUCAGUUAGAAGCUUUACAAGUCUUCUCAUGAGUAAGAUUGAUAAGCAGAAAACUGCGAAACGUGGAUUACUAGUUGACGAUUACUUAAAAGUGAUAGGUUCUGACAACAUAUAUGCUUUGGGAGAUUGUACAUUUACCAAGUAUCCACCAACUGCUCAAGUCGCAUACCAGGAAGGUCAAUAUUUAGCUGCCUAUUUUGAUAAGUUACAAAAGUUGGCAAGUUUGAAAUAUCGGAUUGAGCAUGAACAAAACCCGGGGGAGUUUUUAAUCCAUAGAGCUAAAAAGUUGGAAGAAAACUUACCGAAAUUUGUUUACCAUUAUCAAGGAUCCUUGGCAUAUAUUGGUAGUGAAAAGGCAGUGGCCGAUUUAGCAUGGGGAUCAUGGUCUAAUGUUUCAACAGGAGGUAAUAUGACCUUUUUAUUUUGGAGAUCAGCUUACAUUUAUAUGUGUCUUUCAGUGAAGAACCAGGUUAUGGUGUGUAUGGAUUGGGUUAAAGUUUAUUUAUUCGGAAGAGAUUGUUCUUGA